AUGGCAAUUAAGUGUGCAAAAGGCAGCACCGAAUUUUCUCUCGCUGUUGUAAGAGGCGAAAAGGAGAGGGUACUGGAGCUGCUACACGAAAACGCCGAUGUCAACGCACGAGACAUGCUUGGCCGUACGCCUCUUAUGGAAGCUGCACUUUGGGGCCAUGUUGAAGUCACGAAAAUUCUCUUAGAAUCGAAAGCAAACCCCACCAAGACAGACAAAGAGGGAAGACAAGCUGUUGAUCUGGCAGAAGAAUGCGACAGAAACGACGAGGAGAGGGAAGAACGCCAUCUCAACUACAUAGAGAAGCCCUCUGAGAAAAAGAGGGCCCGGAGGAUUAUUCGUGGACUACUCGGAGCCGUCCCAUCCAGCGGAAACUCACUGGUGAAAAGCUUGAAAAGCUACUACGCAGCCCGUAUCUAUAAAUGUCGUAAUCUGUGGACAGCUUCUUUGGUACUUCCAAUUGUUGGGGUUGAAAUCAAGCAUGAACACCAAACAGUCGCUUUCCUAGAUCGAGAUGAGCCUUUCGACAUGAUUCAUGCCGCAAGCGGAUGGUCUGGCUCAGGACACUGCCCGAGAAGUGGACACUAUGAAAAGCUUGAUGCCAACUACUGGACAGCUCAGGCUCUGAAUCUUGCCAGGAAGAUUGGUCUGCCUUUCCCGUUUCACCCCCGAGAUGGGAACAUGAUGAUUGGGACUUAUAACGCAUGCCACGCCGAGGCUCAACUGGUUGCAUUCUUUGUUGAGCAUCACCUACCUAUCGUGGAAGCUACUAAUUACCCAUCGGAAAACUUGUUCAGUCAGCAAUGCAGGAAACAAAACCCGAUACAGAAGGCUAAAAUUAUUGUAAGCCAAGAUCCGUGUGAUUCCGGUAUGGCUUUCAUAACAUGUGUUAUGUGCAAGCAAAACUGUGAUUUUGAAAUAGUCGUUGCGAGAGAAAUAGUCAGUUGA